UUUUCAUGGAAUUUAGACUAGAGUAUUAGUUUUUAUUCCACUCUAGACUCGUUCUGGGGUAGUUCAGGCAUCACUUCUUGUGUUAUUUUCCUAGGCUAGGCUGUUCGUUUCAACGGCUUGUAUACCGAAACAAUUCUAUAAAAAGUGCGGCAAUGGAUAUUGACAACAGCGAAGAUAUUGACGAUAGCCCAAGUGUUUCAGGGGAAAGGGGUAGCAAAAAAAGAUUUGAAGUAAAAAAGUGGAAUGCCGUAGCCUUGUGGGCAUGGGAUAUUGUUGUUGACAAUUGUGCCAUUUGCCGCAAUCACAUCAUGGAUCUUUGUAUUGAGUGUCAAGCCAACCAAGCUUCAGCAACCAGUGAGGAGUGUACCGUGGCCUGGGGUGUUUGCAAUCAUGCAUUCCAUUUCCACUGCAUCACUCGCUGGCUCAAGACCAGGCAGGUCUGUCCACUGGACAACAGGGAGUGGGAGUUCCAGAAGUAUGGCCACUAGAUCUCAUGGAAGGGCAACGCUGGCUCGUUUUGGUUUAUCAACUUUUUUUUUUAAUUAAAUUUUUUUAAAUCUUAA